CCGGUCACUUGACCACAAGUUCUCGCUCUCCAGUUUCUCCACUUGGCGACACACGCACGCGCCCGCGGCCCUUCUCGUUCUUGAUCUUGAUCUUGUGAUUCGGCCGAGGCGACGCGCGGCUCUUCUCCAGUACCGCGGGAGAGUUGGGCUUGCCGCGCGUCGGCGAACGUUAGUCGAGGGAGUCGACCCCUCUCCAUUCUCUCGUGGGGGCAGCGCAGGCGAGAGAGAGAUCUAGCUCGACGGAGAUUGCACCCUUCUUUUCGUAGACCAUGGUUUUGAGUGGCAAAUCAGAAAAUGGACGAUUCUGCUGUCAAAAGACUGUAUACUGGACCGUCACUCCCACCCGGCAUUCAAGGAAAGCAGAAAGGCGAACUUGUUUUACAGUUGCAAAGGAUAGACUGGAGUGUUAUGCCACCGGACUUCAAAUCGGGGUGCAGCUUAAGCAUUCAUUGGUGGGGUCAACCACCAUCUGACAACUUGGUACUGGUCAUACCGAAUGGUUCUUGUCCACCUACUGUGACGACUGUUUAUCCGCUCGUGUCAACCAGGAAACAGACAUACAGAUAUUUCCAAGAUAUGGCGUCGUUGGACUUCUGUUUGGUAGUUGGAGUGCAAUCCACGAAAGAAACGUUCGGCAUCAAAAUGGGAAGCUUUUCCGUGGAGAUCAGUCAACUUUCUACGGAUCAUCCUCUUGAAAGCAACAUCCCUAUAUUUGAUAAAAGUGGUGUUCAUCUUGCAAAUAUUACACUAAGUAUAGCUGUCGUGUACAGUUCAGAAUAUUUAUUGGAUUCAGCCAUCGAGAGACCACCUUGGGACUCUAUCGAGAAUGUUUUACAGUCCUUGCGAGACACAGAGAAUGUUCCACUUAGUGACUAUUCAGGAAAAGUGGAAUUAAUAGCAGAUCUAAGAGACACUUUCAGCGAUCGAACGCCUACAUCUUCGGCAUUUUCUGAUCGACGAAAGGAGCUGUUUAUGGAUUUUGAAGUCCCGAUUGCACGCAAGGAGCCUUCAUUGCCAGAUUCAUCUAGCAAUGAUCCAGCGAGUAGACGAAAACCCUUGAUUGUAGAUGUGGAAGUUUCUGCUGCAAACAGAUCGCAGGGACCAAUUUCAGCUGCUACACGAUUUCCAAAGCAACAGCUAGUUAUGGAUGUUGAGAUACCUCGGGGGCAAACAGAUCCAUUUUCUCAAAGUCGAAAUUCACUAGAAAGAAAGAGACAAUUGGUGAUGGACGUUGAAGUUCCCUCCACAGCGAGAAGUCAUGUGUCAUCCCCCUCAGCCAAGUCUUCCCCGCGAGUCUCGAUCUUAAGUGACGAGGCGUUAUCUCCCGCAAAUUUCACCUUACCAGACGUGAAGCAGAAGCGUGAGUCUCCCGUAAGCUCCAAUGCUUCACCGAUAAAUGCCCAUCUUUCUCUCGAGAAAGAGGUGGAUCGAGUCGAAGAAACAGAGUCGGAAAAACAGAGACGUGCUGAACUACACUCCGGGAUUAGUAAUCAAUCAGCAAAGCCUCAACCAUCCUCCAGUGCUCGGCUGCCCUCUCGAAAGACAACGAGGAGACGGGUGAAUGCUAAUAGUGAUCAACAACUACUGACACUUCAGAAAGACUCACAGGACCUGAAGGAAGGUGUGUCAUUGCAGAACAAACGGAUGCACGGAUCUGACAAACCCAAGGUCGAUAAGAGUCAAUCAAGCAAGAUAGCUUCGGUGUUGAAGCAAACUGCGAAGGAAAAAAUCUCCAAAGUUCCUUCCUCUCCCAAAUUAUAUUCUGCUUCGCCGCCACACCAAAGUUCCAAGGCUAAGCCAAAGCGGAUAGUUCCCAGCACAGCUACCUCAACACGUGUCGCCCCAAGGUCAGAGAAACCACUCAUGCGAAAAGCUUCUCCUAAAGGUUCCAGGAAGACAGCGAAAACUACCAGUGGACGUCUGCGUCGGCGUUCCAGAGGGGGAGGAGAACACGAUCCGCGUCUUUUACCGGCGAAUUGUCAGGAGUCGACAACUUUGGAAAAUGCUGGUCAGUGCGAUGUUCAUCGGUUUUCUGAAGGAGGGAAAAUUGAUGGAUGCGAAGCCAGUCUCGAUGCUCAUGAAGGCAAGCCACCGAAGUAUUUAAGUUUUCCUGAUCGCCACCGUCUCUCAGGGAAUUUGGCAAUUUUACCAAGUGACUUGGAGAACAAUCAAGACGUAGGUAAUUCGAGCUACUCUGAACUGGUGCAAAAGCUCAUUCAUCAGAUCGUGACAUUUCGGGCAUCGUUGAAUAAAUCUGCAGUUUUCUGUGGUGAUGUCUGUCCGCCUGCUGCAGCCAAUGAUCUUCUCAACAAGGGCAGUACUACAUACUUAGAACAGAGAUUCAAGCAACUCGACGAGAAUAUUGGUAGCGUCAACAGACUCUUGAACUCGCUCUUCACACAAAGUAAGGACUAUGACGAUCCCAAGUAUGCAAGAGUAGCACAAUCCGAAAGUCUCGAAGAGGAACCAAGAGAUGUGGCUGAGGUAGCCUUGCUUGAUGAGCUGUUUUUCCCGCAAAAAGACCCCAAAGCGUUUUUGGACGCUGCAGUUCCAAAAACCAAAAAGUCUGGAUCGCGAAAAGCUCUUGAAGAUAUUUGUCAGAUACACAAUAGUGCGCCACCGAAUGAGCAAGUAAUCUUGGAAGGUUUACCAUUGAGACACUGGGAAGGCAAGUCAAUGGAAUUGAAGAGCAGAUUGCCAAAACCUCCUCCAGAAUCUCCUUGCAUCCUUCAUAGCAACACGCAGGAACAGACCGACUGCAGUCCUGCCCUCAAUUUAUGCCUAACCCUGAAGGUAGGAAAACUAUUUUUGUCGGAGUCGACGUUGAAAGAGGCUGAGGAGUUCGUCCCAACCUUAAGUGCAGACCGUGCGGCAUGGAGCGUCAAGCAGGGUCUCAAAACCUCGACAUGUUUACUAACGAUAUCAUUUCCUGGUCUGAACCAUUCUAAAGAUGCAGGAAAAUUGGCCCAGGAGCAGAGUGUUACAAUUUCUCCGAUGCAGCUUGACUUUAGCGAGAGUUACUUUGGACACGAGUCACAGCUCCAUUGGAAAAGUAUGAAGCUGCAAGCACUUGAACUUUGGAAGUCUGAAAAAAUGAUAGUCAGUGUUUCCCUGAGUUGGGAGUCCGGACAAUCACUCAUCUGUCAGGGAAGCGUAUUUUUAGAAGAGGUAUUUAGUUUGAUGCCGAAAGCAUUUCAGACCAAGUUGGGUCUGUACAGAGCAGAAGGAGGGAGAUCGAUCUUCGAAGGCAAGGCGGCAAAUAGUUUAUCUCCUGGCUAUGUGGUUCGGACAAGUCCAGGCUCCUGUCUAGAUAGAUCCGCAGAGUCUGCGCAGAUGGAAGGCACCCUGGCUGCGAGACUUGAAAUUGCUAUUGACGUAAAGAUUGAAGACGCUUCAGGAAAGCCUAUGAUGGGAGCUUGGUUGUACUUCACAGUAACUAGCGUUACUGGCAGCAAGCUUCAACCAGAGGGUGAAAAACCUGCCAGUUCCCUGAUGUUGGUGGUGAAGUCAGACCUAUCGAGUGUUUGUCAGAUACCCUUUACUGCCGACUGGAAAUCAAGUUCUGGAGAUGAAGUCAAGGCAUGGAGACCAUUGAAGGGAACUCAUCCCGAUGGAGUUUUACCGGGUCCAAAGCAGAUGGACAAUGCCAUUGUGUUCAUAGAGGUUUGGCGUAAUUGGAGAGGAAUGGAGCAGACGCAUGUGGCCAGCGCAGAUAACCUAGUUGGCCUGGUUAAGAUUCCUCUUAAAUGUUGCUCAGAUUAUACGACAGUAAAUAUCGGGGCUAUAGCAGUAGCUGAAGGAGAAUACUACAUAUGGAAUCCUUUUAAGGAUGUCAUCUGUGGCAGUCUUGAGGUUAUAAUCAAACUGGGUUGUGAAGGACAGAUGCUGAAGUUGCAGCAGCAAAACAGAGCAGCAAGAGUUAUCCAAGGUCAUGCACCAGGCGUAAGGGAUGGCGGUAGAGCUGGAAGAGAGAAUUUCUUGCUCGCCGGUUCCCGAAAAGUUGACUCAGGGAGAAACUCCCAAAUGAAGAUUUUGAAGCAUGUAAUUGAGGUGACUGUGCAACAUGCCACUGAUCUUCCUGAAGUGGACAUAUUCGCAAACUGUGAGGGGACGUUCAUCAAGUAUUUCUUUCCAUGGGAUGAGGAACCUUUCUACACACAGACUAUGAAAUGGAGCAAGACCGUUCAUUUCAGCGCCACUGUCCAUCAUGGUAUCCUCUUGCCGUCUGGUUACAGACUGGAUAACCAUUUAAAAAGGAUGAAUGGUUUGAGUGUGGACGAUGGGGACCUUAAAUUUGAGCUCUGGGGGUGUUUUGCGAGUUUGUCCGAAGAUGACACAUAUCCACCAAAUGAAAUGAAUCUUAGUGAUGGUGGUGCCUUAUCUUCUUGGGAUAUGAGGAGAAAGCGGUCAUGCAAGCACGAGCAAGUAAACGCUUGCGCACGAGAACGCCUAUUAGGCACCGCUAAAGUGCUUAAGUGGAGCUUAUUCGAUUUGAUAUCAGCGAGACAACCUUCAUCUCCAGAGGUGAAGAAAAGAUUCUAUGUACCUGUAGAAGUGGUACCAUCUCUGAUCAAUACGUACAAAAGGGCGCCCACUCUAGCUGUCCAAGUAGCUUACUUCAAUUUGAAUAAAGAAAGUCGUAAACACCAUAUAAAGGGUACUAUAUUUUCGAAAGUCGACAUACAUGAAGAGUCACUUUUCGAAGGUGUAGUUGAAUUUGACAUAAUGGGAGCUACAGGAUUGCAGGAUGCAGAAGCACUUCAUGAACCAAGCACGGCAAGGUACUCUGUAAAUGCUGUCAACUCAUAUGUUCGCUAUUCUUUGUUUUCAGCAAACAAACAGCUCGCAGAAAAAUAUCCUGCUUGUCUGACUCCAGUCCAGCCAAAUAACUACACUCCUCGAUACAACUGGAACGGGCGUCUGAAGCUAAUAUUGAGUGUCAAAGUUUUGAAUGAAUUACGAACUGGACAGAUGAGUUUUGAAGUGUGGCACCACCACUUACCUCAAACAAGGAGAAAUAUGAGACCUGUAGUGCUCACAGAUGACACUAGGACUUCCGAUGUUUUGCUCGGCACGGCAUUGAUACCAACUCUCCCGUUGCUAGAAUGCAAACAAGGUGUCGAAGGAUGGCAUGAUUUGAUCUCCAAAAAAGGGCAAAUAUUUGGCGCCAUCAACCUGCAGGUUUACUUUAAAAAGUGGCAAGUUCUACCCCUUGGAUUCACGACUUACUCCUGACACAGAGGCUUCAGAAAGAUGCCUAAAGUAUGAAAGGAAACAAAUGAAAGCUGAGGGAAGAACCUGACUAAACCCAACCCUAUCGAAAUCGAUAGGGAUGCCCAUAGUCUACUCAGUGAGAGAGAAAAAAAAAUUGCAAAAAUUCCUGUGACCUAUUCAGUAUAAAGUAACUUUAAUUCCUCCUGGAUGAAGCUGAGCUUGAAUCUACCUUCACAAAUCUUGGUAACAGAACGAUUGAUCUGUUCGCCUUCUCGACCGACAAGACUGUACAUGUUGGUAUCAUAAUUUUCAAAAGAACUGACAUCGCACAGUUUCCGAAAGACAAACUAUCUCAGCGGUCAGGAACAUGAAAAAGAUUUCUGUAUAUUCUAGCACAGCUGAUCGAGUUUGUAACCAUCCAAAGUUGCCACCUCGAAAGACCAGUGAACAGACCAUUCCAAAUCCUACUAUGCAAAAUCAAAGCUUUCACUCUCAAGUCGAUACCAUCCGUAAUUCUAUAGCGCUAGAUCCUGUCAACACUCUCGACUUUGACCACAUUCUUACACGACAACCUUUUCACUUCCGUAAAUUAUGAAAAAGAAUUCCGGUAUGAACCACUGCUUUCGCGGGCCUCGCUACUCUUGCCAUUCCCAAGGGUUAUUUCAAUGUAUGCAAAAGUUGAAAAACGAUUAAGUGAAUAUAAUUCCGGCUCCUAAGA